CAUUAGGAAAUACUACUUUUCUGAAAGAGCGGUCAGGCACUGGAAUGGGCUGCCCAGGGAGGUGGUUGAGUCACCGUCCCUGAAGGUGUUCAAGAAACAUUUAGAUAUAGCGUUGAGCGACAUGGUUAGCGGGCAACAUUGAUGGUAGGUGGAUGGUUGGACUGGAUGAUCUUGUAGGUCUUUUCCAACCUAGCUAAUUCUAUGAUUCUAUGAUUCUAUGAAACAGGAGGCACCAUCACCAAGCAAAUAUGAGAAAAUGCAACAGAUUUUUUUCCAGUGCCCUCCUCUGGUUGUUAGAUAGCUCUGGCAGCCAGAGAUCAGGCAGGAGUGGUCUCUGUCUCUUACACAACCCAACCAAUGUGUGGAGGCAGUGGUAAAGCAAAUACACCAUCUUUUUCCCCCAGACAGUCUCCACGUAGUGUCUAAAAAGCCAGACAGUAGGUUAUCUUCAUUACCUCCAAGCAGUGUGCUUCUUGGGCUGCACUGAAGACAAGCAUCUCUCCAGCCUGCUGUACAGCAGCAUCUAAUGGAGAAGUGCCAGAUGCAGUCCCAUCCUGUGACUAAGAUCAGCCCCACAAGGUGAACACGGCAGGUCCAGCACUAGCAGAGGGCUUGUAGAUGUCCUUUGUGUGGUUUGAAGAUAGAAAAGCAAACCCACCAAUCUGCUGCAGUGUCUGCCCAGGAGCUACAGAUGAGGCAAGCUCAUGGCAGCAGGAAUCAGGAGGUGAGACACAAGAAGAAAGUUGCUGGUAUCAUAGAAUCAUGGAAUAAUAGAAUGGCUUGGGCUGGAAGGGACCUCAAAGCCCACCCAGCUCCACCCCUUGCCAUGGGCAGGGCUGCCACCCACCAGCUCAGGCUGCCCAGGGCCCCAUCCAACCUGGCCCUGAGCUCCUCCAGGGUACCCACAGCUUCUCUGGGCAGCUCAUUCCAACAGCAACAACAUGAUGUUGAACCAUGAUGACACAGCAUCUUUUUCAGUAGAGGAAGCUGAAUAACAUGAUGAGAUUACAGCUGCCAGUUAUCAGACCUCUGCACGGACCUCAGAUGAGGCAAAUCUGAAUUAAACAGAUUGUGACAGAACCAAAAUCUGGACCUUGCUGAAAAAGCACACUUCCCAUAUAAAAGGCAGCAAGCAAGGAGAUUCCUCUGGGUUAUGAAUGUGCAUUAGAGCAUGAGGACAAUCUCUAAGGAUAUGCAAAUAGGAAUCAUUUCGUUUGUGGAGAGCAUGUAGGAAAACUGUGCCAGCAGAGAGAUGGAAAUCAUCCAUCGGAGCAGAAAGGGUUUUAGGUCUGGAUGCAAACGGAAGUAAUUUUGCGCUGCUCUCCCUUGAACUUGAAAAUUUCAGGGGGAAAAAAAGCGUUUCUGCAGGCAGAGAUGUUGAAGAGACUUUCAAUUGGGGAGAGAAACAGCAGUAGGGGUGCAGGAGAUGAACCCAGAGAUUUACAGUGGGCUCUAAAGGAAGCUCGGCCCAGGGCAUUGCUGCCAUUACAACACACAGUCAACAUGGCCAGUGGUCCAUGUGAGCACUUAUGUGCUGCCCUUUGUGUGUGUGUGAUGAGAUGAGAUGAGAUGCAGUCAGAAUUCAGCUGUUUUCCCACCUGUAAUGUAUUGCCCCCCUUUUUUUUCUUGAAAAGUAGCCAUUCUGCUAUGAAAAAUGAAUAAACUAAGUUAGAUCUUAAGGGAAGCCACCUCUUUUGUCAGACCCACAGGUACAGCUGGAGCAAAACAAUCUGUCAGGCAUUUGAUGUGUUUCUGGGGCUGAUUUGCAGCCUGGUUUGGUUCUGGGUUUUUUUUGUUUUUUUUUUUUUUCUUUUUCCCAGCAGUAACUGGCAGUAUCACAAAAUGCAUUUCUCCCCCUUAAGAGCUUUACCUCACUUUUAGUCCCAGACAGUGGUGGCUGCAGCCACCCAAAUUCCACCCCAAACACAUCAGCCAGAGCUUAGGACCCAGAGCCCUGUUUUAGGCUUACGGGAUGUGACAGCUGACGGAAAAUCAAUGAAGUGUGCUUUACGGAGCGUCAUAAUGAUGCAAGAUGAGGCUCAAAAGGUGCCCGCUUGCCUUGCAGGCUUGGUUGUCUGCCUUAGGUUUUAACUAAAUCGUUUUAGCCCUCUACUAGGAUGAGAUCAAUUUGCCUAUGAAGAGAAAGGACUGUAUUUAAAGGAAAAGCUGCAGCCAUGCCCAUGCUGUGUCUGAUGCUCUGUGUGCUGUGUUGGAGCCGUUCAGAUGUGGCUGCCCUCGGUUCAGUUGCGGAGAAUGAGGAUGCGCUCCUGAGACACUUAUUUCAAGGCUAUCAGAAAUGGGUCCGCCCUGUGGAAAACUCCAAUGACACCAUCCAAGUCCUCUUUGGGUUAAAGAUAUCACAGCUUGUGGAUGUGGAUGAGAAGAACCAGCUGAUGACGACCAACGUGUGGCUGAAGCAGGAAUGGAUGGACCACAAGCUGUCUUGGAAUCCAGAGGAAUAUGGUGGGAUCACCACUAUCCGUGUCCCUUCUGAGUCCCUGUGGCUUCCCGACAUUGUUCUGUUUGAAAACGCUGAUGGACGUUUUGAAGGGUCCCUGAUGACCAAAGCCAUAGUGAAAUACAAUGGAGUGGUGACCUGGACACCACCAGCCAGUUACAAGAGCUCCUGCACGAUGGAUGUAACCUUCUUCCCCUUCGACAGGCAGAACUGCUCCAUGAAAUUUGGGUCGUGGACAUAUGAUGGCAGUAUGGUGGACUUGAUUCUAGUGGAUGAAAAUGUAGACAGGAAAGACUUCUUUGAUAAUGGGGAGUGGGAGAUCUUAAAUGCCAAGGGUAUGAAAGGCAACAGGAAGGAUGGGCUGUACUCCUACCCAUUUGUCACUUACUCCUUUGUGCUGAGACGCCUUCCACUGUUCUACACUCUUUUCUUAAUAAUCCCUUGCCUGGGAUUGUCUUUUCUAACUGUCCUGGUGUUUUACCUGCCCUCAGAUGAAGGAGAAAAGCUGUCAUUGUCCACUUCAGUUCUAGUCUCCCUCACAGUUUUCCUUUUAGUGAUUGAGGAAAUAAUCCCUUCUUCUUCCAAAGUCAUCCCUCUAAUUGGUGAGUAUCUACUGUUCAUCAUGAUUUUUGUGACCCUCUCUAUCAUUGUGACUGUCUUUGUUAUCAACGUCCACCACCGCUCCUCAGCAACUUACCACCCCAUGGCUCCCUGGGUUAAAAGACUCUUCCUCCAGAAGCUGCCUCGGUUGCUCUGCAUGAAGGGACAUGUAGAUCGUUACUCCUUCUCAGACACUGAGGAAAAGGAAACCACCUUGAAAUCAAAGCUCCCAGGAAAGAAGAAACACAAGCAAACAAAAGACGGAGAGAAGAUCGUGAUUGCCUUUCUGGAAAAGGCAGCUGAUUCCAUUCGGUACAUUUCCAGGCAUGUAAAAAAGGAGCACUUCAUCAGGCAGGUUGUCCAAGACUGGAAAUUUGUAGCUCAAGUCCUGGAUCGGAUCUUCCUGUGGUUAUUCCUGGUGGUGUCUGUGACGGGCUCAGUUCUCAUCUUCACCCCUGCAUUACAGAUGUGGCUGAACAGCACUCUGUAGAAAAUGCUCCCACACUAACGUACAACAAGCUCAAUGAUGUGGGAUGGUGGUGCCUUUGAGAUUGAUCUCUGUUCUACAGUAUGGGAAGCAGUGCAAGAGUGAGAGAAGGUGAUGUUAACAACAGGCAUUGGCUACUGCGUCCUUCACGUGGCUCUGACUGUUACAGCCUUGGCAGAGACCGGAGACGGGCUUGGUGAACAGCAGAAUCCAAAAGUGAAUUGGGGUUGCGUAAGUGUAGUUCGGUUAUAUUACAAUAUGAGCCAGGAUUAUUAGUUAUACUUGGGGAUAGUAGUUCUGGCACAACAAUUAUGUUUUACGAGCAGAUGUGUCAGUUAAAAUACUACUUAAUAAAAGAAAUUAGAGUAUAGUAGCAACAUAGUGCUCAGUACUUAGUGCACAGUAGCAAGUCAGUAUUCACUUUAUCUACGUAGAAUCAUAGAAUCAUAGAAUUAGCUAGGUUGGAAAAGACCUACAAGAUCAUCCAGUCCAACCAUCCACCUACCACCAAUAACCCCACCAAACUAUGUCUCUCAACACUAUAUCUAAAUGUUAUUAAUUGCCAAGUAAAAACCACAAAGUCCCUACGGGUAGCCUCCUGCAUCUUUCAGAACUGGCAAUUAUAUAGCAGAAAAAAAGAAAGUUGCUAGAAAAACAGAAAAAGCGUGAGCAACUUUUAGAUGGGAUACUCAAAACCUCCACUCUGGCCAUACCUUCAGGACCAGCUCAACCAUGGGAGAACUUAGAGCUCUGCCCACCCACCACCAACCUCUACAGCAUGCACACUUUGUCUCUCCUCUUGGCCAUGAGGAAGUUGCAAGGUGUUAUACUCUUUUCUGUAUAAUUUGCAUUUUUGCCUUGUACUGUGAAAGAUAAUUAAAGGCUGAACAAGUAAGGGUUUUUCCCAUGCUCCUCUACAUUUGGAAACUAUGAUUCCCACACAUGCAUGCUUACAGGACUGGAAGUGGAAGAUCAUCUGAAGUACAUCACCUAAAGGAAAGCGACCAUGCUGCUCCAAGUGGCAACAAAAAUCUUCCUAAGUAGUUCAGUUGGAGGAGAUGCAAGAUCAUCUGUGGCAAAUGAAGCUUGUGGUUGGUGCAGAAGUGUAGUUUCUCCUGAGAGCUGUGGGGUGUGCUGGCUGCCAGAAAGGUACAUCUGCAGGUGUUGGCUUGUCCAUGUUUCUAAGUCAGUUCAGAAUUUCGUUGCUUUGAUGCAUUUAAAUGGAAUCCUUCUGCAUUAUUAGAACAGAAGAUGCACAGGUGAGGGUCUCACUACAUUCCCUGGGACAAAGCACUGCCAUUGUUACAUCCUUUAGAAAAUUUCUCUCUGAAGUUGUAGGUGUUUUUGAGGCUAACAAGGGAUUGGAGAGCCAAUUUUCAACAAUAUAAACAUAAAUAUGUUGCUAAAGCUUUAGCUAGCCUUGAAACUUUCUGUCUAAGGGUGGGGGUCAGAAGGUCUUGAAAAUAUGCAAAGGUAUUGUUGUGUGUGUAUGACACGUGCAUACCAGACCUCUGUGAGUUCAGAUCAUCCCACCUUGUUUUGUCACUGCAGUUCACUUGUGCAAAUAUAAUUAAUAAAAUUGUGCUUAGUAAAUGA